UUCGAGUGUGUAACAGUUUAGACUGUGUGGGUAAAGUAAUAAGCACAACAGUUGUGGAAGGAGACACAUUCCGCCGGGUAUUGGUAUUGAUGAUAUCUCCUGUGUGCGGACUUGCUAGCAAAGGAAGACGUCGGAACAUCGUCACAGUGCUCGUAGUACGCUUGAAAACAACGUCUAGUGGCCGGUUGGCAUCCCGUGAACAGAACAGCAGAAAAUGCAGUACAAUCAGUAUCUCAUAAACCAGUACCAGCCCCAGCAGCUCAUCCAGCAGCAUGCGGCCCUAGUGCAGCAUCUAGUCCCAGUACAGCAACAACAGCAGCAAAUCGCCAUGAUGUCCAGCACCGUGCCCACUAUUUCCCCGGUCAUGUACAGCACCGUGCCCAAUGUCCAGUGGUGGUAUCCGGAUGGCCAGAUCGCGCAUGGCAACAUCCAGCAACAACAAACUCAGCAGCAUCAAGCAGUAACAGCAGUAACAAGUCAAACGAAUGCUGAGACUAAUGUUAUUCCAAACGAAACGGCCACCGGUACCGGUACGGUCCAAAACAAAAAACCAAGGGGACCCAUCACAGCGUACGCGUAUUUCGUGCAAGCCUGGUAUAAAGAGCUUCGCAACAAACAACCGGCGCAGCUGGUCUAUUUGACCGAACUAUCCCGCAACUGUGCCGAUUGCUGGAAAACGAUGUUGGACAACGACAAGCAAGUUUUCCGCGACAUGGCUGCAAAGGAUAAGGUUCGGUACGCGCUCGAAAUGCAGAGCUAUGUAGCCACGCCGGAUGCCGUACCAAGACCGCGCAAACAGCGCAGGAAGUUUAAGGAUCCCAACGCACCGAAGCGUCCGAUUACGCCAUAUCUCAGGUUCUGCCACGAUGAACGGGGCAAAGUGAAGGCGUUGAAUCCCGAAUAUGGCUUGGGCGACAUCAUGAAGGUGCUUGGCCGAAAGUGGACAGGGAUGGAUGCGGAAGAGAAGCAGAAAUAUGUGAAAAUGUGUGAAAUGGACUGGCAAAAAUAUCACCAGGAGCUGGCCGCGUAUAAGCUGAAGUUGCAACAGGCGGAACUUCCACUGCAUCAUGAGCAGUAGGUGGACGCACUAUGAGGAUGACAACGAGGAGGAUGCCCAUGAGGGCGAUAGUGA